AUGAAACAUUUUUGUAAUUCGCUAUGUCUACUGGGAACAUUUCUACAUGCCUUGGCUCAAUGCACUGUCCCAGCCUCAGAGUUUCGGCUGGAAGGAGAUUAUUUGUUAGGUGGACUUUUUAAUAUUCAUCAUGUCACUGUCCCUCUUUAUCAAGAUAGACCAGAAGCCAUUGACUGCUCCAGUCAACCCUUCCUUCUCCAAAAUUAUCGAAUGUUUCAGAUGAUGAGAUUUUCUGUAGAGGAAAUCAAUAAUUCUACCCCCUCCUUUUUUUUUUUUUUUUUUUUUCCUUUUCUCAAACUUAUCUCAGUCAACGACUUGAUCCAACCUUGGGAUGAACUACAUGAUCAUCAAGCACAGAAGUCCAAUGUGUCCAAAGUGAUGGCAGUGGUUGGUCCAUUUACAAGCACUCAGUCCAUGACUGUAGCCCCACUUUUCAUGGCAGAUCUCAUUCCUCUGGUCAGUUAUGGAGCUUCUAGUUCUGUCUUUUCAACAAAACAGAAUUUCCCCUCAUUCCUUCAAACAGUGCAUCCCACUAAAGACAUCAUAGAAGUGAUUGUUAACAUUGUGCAGCAGUUGAACUGGCGCUGGGUUGCUUUUCUUAACAGUGACGAUGAUUAUGGCAGAGAUGGACUGGAAUUGUUCAUAAAGAGGAUUAAGGACACUGAGAUCUGCAUGGCGUACACCCAAGCGCUCAACUACAACACAAAUCACUCCCCCAUAUUCAAACAGAUAGAGGCACAAAGGAUAAAUGUCAUUAUUGUUUUGGCUCCAAGAAUGACUGCUGAAGCUCUCAUUAAGUCAGCAAUACAACUAAAUGUCACUAAGAAGGUGUGGAUAGCUGAUGAGGGAUGGUCCUUAGACAAGAUGCUUUACAAGGAACAAGAAAUCUUAAAUAUUGGAACUGUCCUUGGAGUGUCUCAGCCUGUAGUGUCAAUACCUGGUUUCAGGGACUUUAUCUAUUCUUCCAAAAGCCAGACUCAUUUUGAAAAUGCAAGAGAGCAGGAGUUUUGUAAUCAGGUUUGCAACUGCAGCAGCAUAAGGGCAGAAGAAAUCUUGAAUGUGGAUCCAUCUUACUCUUUUCCUGUUUAUUCUGCUGUAUAUGCCAUCGCUCAUGCCUUACAUAAUGCCUUGCAAUGUGGAUCUGGCAGAUGUAAUGACAAUAUUACAAUAUACCCACACAUGGUUCUGGCAGAACUGAAGAAAUCAAACUUCACACUUUUAAAUCAAAGAAUACAGUUUGAUGACAAUGGGGACCCCAAGUUUGGAUCAUAUUCUAUAGUUUUCUGGAACCAAAGUCAUGAUGCAGAAGAAAUUGGCUUUUAUGAUUUUCACCCAUGGGUCAGUUCUUUCAUCGACAGUACCAAAAUUGAGUGGUACACAAAGGGAAAAGUGCCUACUUCACUGUGUUCCCCAGAAUGUCGUAGAGGAUAUGCAAAAAAACUAAAUGGAAUCCACAAAUGCUGCUUUGAUUGUGAAAUCUGUCCAACUGGAACUUAUGUCAACAGCACAGAGGAUCCCUACAAGUGCAUCAACUGUAAGGAGACAGAAUGGUCAGCAGCAGGAAGUACAUCAUGCAAUCUGCGGGUGGUGGAGUACAUCCCAUUCACAGACAGUGGGGCUAUACUGAUCAUGGUCGGGGCCUCGGCCUUGGUGGGCCUCACAUUAGCCACGUCUGUUCUCUUUGCCAUCAACUACAACACACCUGUUGUCAGAUCUGCUGGGGGACCAAUGUGCUUCCUGAUUUUAGGCUGCCUCAGCCUGUGUAGUCUUAGUAUAUUCUUUUACUUUGGUAAGCCAACAAUUUCCUUUUGUAUCUUAAGAUUCUUACCGUUUCUCUUGUUCUACACUGUGUGUCUAGCAUGUUUUGUUGUGCGCUCUUUUCAAAUUGUUUGCAUUUUUAAAAUGGCCGCCAAGUUCCCCACGCUUCACAGUUGGUGGAUGAAAUAUCAUGGACAAUGGCUGGUCAUCACUGUGGCAUUUGUUACUCAGGCACUCUUUCUUCUUAUUGGCUAUACUUAUUUCCCCCCCAAGCCCUAUGAUGACAUUUCUUGGUACCCAGACAAAAUCAUACUUGUUUGUGAUAUUAAUCUCAAAUCAUUCUUUGGUUCUGUGGUUUUACUUUUAUCUUUGUGCUCCCUUUGCUUUAUUUUCUCCUACAUGGGAAAAGACCUCCCAAAAAAUUACAAUGAGGCCAAAGCAAUAACCUUCUGCCUGCUCCUGCUGAUCCUCACCUGGAUCAUGUUUGCCACUGUAUACAUUCUGUACCGUGGCAAGUACAUCCAAACUCUUAACGCUCUGGCAGUUCUCUCCAGUCUCUAUUCCUUUCUGUUGUGGUAUUUCCUCCCAAAAUGCUACAUCAUAAUUUUUCAACCCCAAAAAAACACACAGGAGUACUUCCAAGGUCUCAUUCAGAAUUAUACCAAAACAAUCAGCCAAUAG